UUCUCCCUUAUCCGGUUGGACUGAUCCGGGGCUUAAAACGUGGGUUAUUUUGCGGCCUCCGCGCUUACUUAAAGUAGUCGUGAACGUCACGUGCUGGAAGAAGGACGAGGAAAGAGCUGUCUGCAAUGUUUCUGAUAUCUUACGUUUCAUAUAGCUUUGACAAAAAACUUUCAUAAAGAAUUACGUUUAUUAAAAGCAAUGAAUAUUCGUUUCCUGAUGUUCACCUUAUCCUGGAAGCUGUGGCUAGGAUACAGUAUUCAAUAUUAGAAAGAGAAUCGUUUAAAACCCACUUCAGCUAAAAAAAAAGGAAUAGAAAUACGAGUGUGUAUGUGUUCACGACACUGGUUGAAAGAAAAUCAAGACUCCAAAGUAUUAUGUUCGAUCAAAGAAAAAUAUAAGGAGGAAAGGGAAAAAAAAAGAUUGUAGUUUGUUCCUCCGUGGACCAGCGGUAAAUUUGUGGACUUUUAACACUAAAAUCCGGAGUUCGAGUCUUCGCGGUGGAUAGAGAGAUGAGAUACUCCAUUCUGUGGCUUUGAGCUGAACAAACAAAAUUACGUUGUAAUCGCUGAUAUUCUAACUUUCUACAAACUGAAAAUAUCAUGCAGUGCCUGCGCGGGUCACGAGGGAUUAUGGUUCUCCUCUUCUAUAUUGUGUGUUUGUGGACAGAGGUUGCUACUAUGUGUCCCAUGCGUUGUAAUUGUGAUGAUCAAAGCCUGAGAGUUCUAUGUCGUGAUGCUAAUUUGGAUGUGGUCCCCAUUACUUUGAACCCGGAACUUCGCGAACUUAUCUUAAAGAAUAAUCACAUCAAGGGUAUAAUGGCUUCCUUCAGUGUAUACCAUAACUUAAGAUAUUUAGAUGUUUCACACAAUCAGUUAGUACGCGUGGGAGAAUACAACUUUAAGAUUCAUGGUCACCUAGAAUUUCUUCUCUUGAGCAGCAAUAUGAUAUCUUCCAUUCAGAACAAUUCUUUUGUUGGUCUCGAGCACCUAAAGGUACUACACCUAAAUGAAAACUUCCUAGAAGACAUACCAGCAAAGAUAUUUAUACAUUUACGAAGUUUAGAAACAUUGGACCUUUCGCAAAACAGAAUUACCGCCAUUUCAGAAGACGCGUUUGAAGGACUUCAAAACAUUCGAGGCUUGUUUCUAAGAGAUAAUAAGCUCAACCGUAUUCCUUCCGUUGCAUUACAUAAAAUUCCGACAUUGUUAAAAUUAGAUUUUGGACUGAAUACGAUAAGUGAAGUCCCAAAAGGGGCGUUUACCUUCCUCAGAAAACUCGAAGAACUAUCUUUAGAUGGAUGUGGGCUUCGAAAAAUUCACUCUGGAGGUUUUCAGCGAUUAAACUCGGUUAUUGUUCUUAAUCUUCACGAUAAUGAACUUAAAGAGAUUCCUACUUUAGCAUUAUAUAAUGUCCGUCGUUUAGAAGAGCUUAAUAUAGGCCAAAACAGUUUUCAAGAACUUAAGCCACGCUCUUUUCGAAAACUUAAGAAUUUAAAAAUCAUUAAAAUAAACGGCUCUCCAGAACUUACCAGCAUACGUAAAGAUGUUUUUCUUGAUAAUAAUAAUUUACAGAAACUUUUUAUAACUCACAAUAAAAACUUAAAUCAUAUUGAAUCAAAAUCCUUUGAUGGGCUUCCCAACCUAAGAUAUGUAAGUCUUCGCGGAAACGCCUUCACAACUUUCGAUUAUGACUUACUUCCUUGGGAUGAGCUGACUGUGUUAGACGUCAGAGACAACCCGUUGUCUUGCAGCUGUAAGAUAUUGUGGUUGUGGAAGUUAUUAAUAAACAAAAAUAUUUCAUCAGAGGCUCCCAGUAACAUUGCGGAAGUUCAUUGUUUAAACCCCCCUAGAUUAAAAAAUAUGUUGUUGGCAAAAGUUACAGAAGAACAACUUGGGUGUUACAUAGAGAAUAGGAGACAACAGAUGAUUGUUGGUAUAAUUGUAGCUGCUAUUAUAGCAACUGGUGUCUUCGUUUUUCUGGGUUUUCGUUAUAGAGAGAAGGUUGUUGUGGCCAUAAUGAAUAAGUGGACCACUAGAAGGAAAGAACCGCAUUACCAGAAAACAACCUGCAUGGAGGACGAAAUCGCAGUAUUACAAACAACUUCUGAGCAGUCUCUCAAAAUGACACCAGUCACAGAGUUGUAACUUCAGUAGAAAAAUACCUCGGAUAAACUAAAGCCCUUGCAGCAGUUCACAGCCUGCAAGUUUUUUGACGUCACAUCUUCUUCUGUGUUGAUAUAAUAGCACACUUUAACAGAUUUGAUGCUUUCUUGGGUAACACUGGAUGUAGUGUUUUGUAUUUUAUUCUCAAGGAUAACGUCAUAACUAAUUGUGUGUUGUAUAAGGUUAUGAACAAUUAAGCUUUCGAAAGAAAUGAUUCGAUAGCUAUUAACAUUUUUAUUAUAAAAAGUAACUUAUGGAAAAAAAUACUCCAGACAACAGAGUUUGUUUAAUUAGUUCUCUAUUUCUAUAUUAGUAAAUACUGUGGAUAAAUUUAAAAUGGUGUUUAUUCACUAUAAAAACAAUGAUCACUCAAUCCUGCUACGACUGAAACGAUGUUUCUUAUUGUGAAUAGAUAUGGUCAUUAGGUAUCGUAACCGUGUUUAAACCCCCAGAUGAAAUAACUUGUGAUCAAACUGUUAAUGCAUUCUGAAAAAAAAAUGUUUUUUCGAUGUUGGUUAGACGGUCUAAUAAGACUACAAUAAUCUGAAGUAAACGAUUGGUCCUAUGAAAUAUAACGUUUGUGAAGCCUAUCACUGUAAUGUUUAUAUUAUGUUUUAAGGUUAAUUAUUUACACAUGAAAAGCAGAUAUAGUAAUAUUUUUCCCUUAUUUUAGAUACCAUUUACUAAAGUAAUAGUUUGGAUGUAUAAAAGUAUGUUUAGCUUUUGGUAUAUUUUUUCGUCUCUAUAAAAAGUAUGUACGAGUUCUACUGAAAAAGAUCCUAUAUAUAGAUAAAAAUAAAACUAA